AGUUAAGAUACUCCUUAGAUGAUGAGGGGGACACGGUUAAUGAUAAUGCUCAUGGUGGUAAACGGGGCAAUAGCUUCAGUGCCAGGUUCAGAAGUGGACAGUGAAGCUGGAUUUGAGGCCAGCUUGGCUAAACGAACUGUGAACAGCUACCGCCUGAGAGCUUGGGCCACAGAGAUUCCUUCUAACAUCUCCAGCAGCAUCCAACACCUGGUGGUGACGAACACAAAGGUCAGCGUGAUUCCCCAGGGGACCCUCAGUGGCCUACAGCUCCUCAGAAGAGUCAUCAUAUUGGGGAACAACAUUCUGAAGAGUAUCGACCCGUUUGCUUUCGCCAACCUCCCUCAGCUCAGUGAUAUCUUAAUCUCUGAAAAUCUGGCUUUGGAAAGUAUUGGAGCUUUUUCUUUCUCCAAUCUCCCAGAACUCACUGAGCUGACCAUAACAAAUUCAAAAAACCUACGUUCCAUCCAUCCAGAUGCAUUCGGGAACAUGAUGAAACUACAGUAUCUGACCAUCACCAACACUGGACUCAGCAUUUUUCCAGACUUAACCAAGAUCUCCUCCACAGCCUUCGACUUUCUGUUUGACCUGCAGGAUAACAGCGGAAUAACAAGAGUCCCCCCCAAUGCCUUCAGAGGCCUCUGCACUCAAACUAUCUCAGAGAUACGGCUCAACAGAAAUGGCAUCAAGGAGGUGGCAAGAGGCGCCUUCAAUGGUACAAAGCUGAAAAGAGUAUACCUAAAAGACAACCAAGAACUUACUCACAUCAAUACCAACGCCUUUGGGAGAUCCAGUGGGUUGGUGGUACUGGACAUCUCUCAGACAGCCAUCAGCUCCCUGCCACACAACAUCCUUGGUGGACUGCAUAUACUGAUCGCAGAGUCUGCCUUCCACCUCAAAGAGCUUCCUCCUCUGCAGCUCUUCACCAAACUGCAGCAGGCCAACCUAACAUACUCGUCACACUGCUGCGCCUUCAAGAACGUGCACAGGAACAGGACGAGGUGGAAUCCCCUGUGCUCGCUCCCCGAGGCUCGGGAUAACAUUUAUUUCUACAGAGACCACUGCUCCAAUGCCACGGCCAUCACCUGCAGCCCGCUGCCAGAUGAGUUUACUCCCUGUGAGGAUGUCAUGUCCACCACCUUCCUACGGAUCCUCAUCUGGAUCAUCUCUAUCCUCACACUGCUUGGAAACGGGGUAGUACUCCUUGUGUUGUUAGGCAGCCGUGCCAAACUCACUGUUCCCCGUUUCCUCAUGUGCCACUUGGCCUUUGCUGACCUCUGCAUGGGUGUCUACCUGGUAGUCAUAGCAAGUGUGGACACGAUCACUCGAGGCCAGUAUUACAACCAUGCUAUUGAAUGGCAGAAUGGCCCAGGCUGCAAUGCUGCGGGCUUCUUUACGGUGUUUGCCAGUGAGUUAUCAGUGUUCACGUUAACUGCGAUCACCCUAGAGCGCUGGCACACCAUCAAAUAUGCUCUGCGGCUGGACUGCAAAAUCCGCCUGAGACACGCAUGUCUAAUCAUGUCGGUGGGCUGGAUCUUCUCAUCUGUGGCUGCUUUGCUGCCCACGGUCGGGGUCAGUAGCUACAGCAAGGUGAGUAUCUGCCUGCCCAUGGACGUGGAGUUUCUGGUGGCUCAGGUCUACAUUGUGUCUCUCCUCCUCCUCAACAUCCUGGCCUUCUUCACUGUGUGUGGCUGUUACCUCAGCAUCUAUCUGACCGUUCGCAACCCCUCAUCAAUGCCAGCCCACGCUGACACCAGCGUGGCCCAACGCAUGGCCAUUCUCAUCUUCACUGACUUUGUCUGCAUGGCUCCCAUCUCCUUUUUUGCCAUCUCAGCUGCCCUCAAGCUCCCUCUAAUCACCAUUUCAGAUUCCAAACUCCUGCUUGUCCUCUUCUACCCAAUCAAUUCAUGCUCAAACCCCUUCCUGUAUGCCUUCUUUACUCGCACCUUCAGGCAGGACUUCUUUCUCUUUACAUCUCGCUUCGGCAUCUUUAAGACCCGGGCGCAGAUCUACCGGACAGAGAGUAUGUCCUGUCAGCUGUCAGGACGUACCAGUGUGGUGGUGUACUCAGUGGCGACUGGACUGAGUUUCGAUGGGAAAACAGAAAGAUGAGAAUCUUUCAAAACCCCACAGAAGUUAUAUUUGUUGCUAGAAUAUCAGCAGUAGGGUGCUAAUUCUCUCGCUAGAGAAAUACAGAGAUAGUGACAGAAUAGAUAACUCCUGAAGGUCCUCUUGUACUCUCCCACGUGUUGUGAAGAGGAUAAUCACACUUUAUAAUCCUGAUAACAAUGUAUAAUUGUUUCAUUUCUGUGUAUCUCAACUGUGUUGCCAAUAUAUUUUAACUCAUGACACAUCUGUGAGUGUACAACAGCUAAACUGUUGUUCUUUAGGCACACACACAAAAAAAUGCAGUGUCUGUAAAGGUUCUCAGUCAUCUAGGUCAUAGUCAUUUUCACAUUAACCCUAACAUUUACCUCUCAUCCAAGAUUAACUGAAGAAGAUUCUUGGAUGUAAGGGAUAUAAGUGAAUUCUGUAAUGUUGUGUCUGAAUUAUAUUAUAUCAUUUCAACUACAUUUAAUCUGUUGUAGCUCUUCGUGCCACAUGUGUGCCCCACUGCCCUUCAGUUUCUCCAUAUGUUUACAAGAAGGACAUGGCAUAACUGUGAUGUUAUAUUGUUUAUUGUUUGUAAAAAACAGUUCUAAGUGUAUCUAUGUCUUUUGCACAAAAUGUAUCUCUAGUUUUUCCACAUCGUUUAAUAAAGUUGCUUGAUAUUG